AGUGAAAGGUGCCGUCAGCUGGCAAGCAGUAAACGACCCGCAGCAAACGUUACACCGUACGCAAAGGAUCGAACGAACGGAGGUUGCAUCAGGCGGAAACGGUUAAAAAACGCACCUUGUAAAAGCAAGUGGGGUUCGUGUUGGCAUGGUUGUAUCGCGAAACUCUCUGUGUACCGUCACCGUGACGUUGCAUAGCCUGUGUGUGCUUCGAUGUAACUAACGGAUGCUGAGAAGAAAGCCUCGGAAGCAUCCACCCGCCACACACACACAAACGAUCAGUAUCCCUUUUCAGCUCUACCUCCCAGCAAGAGGGAGCUCCCAAAGGGAGAGCAAAAAAAAACAACGAAAAAGCGUGCGUUAGUUCCUUGGUUCCUUCUUCCGUUCGAUCCCGGUGCACGUCGGGGCAAGAAGAAAACGUAAUUCAAUUAACCUGCCCGUAACUGUAACUGCAUCGUGCCGUUUUUGGGGUGUUUUGUAUGUACGCUCGUCUACGGUGAACAUUUUAGGGUUGUUGCAGAAAGAAAACACAGAAACACACGGCAGGUGUGGACACCUCCCAUCCGUUCGCCAGCAUGAAAGGGAUCGAAGCGAAAAUUGUCGUACUCGGGUCGCAAGGUGUUGGCAAAACGAGCCUGGUUGUGCGAUAUGUCUCGAACGUGUACACGAAGGAAGUAUCGCCCACGAUCGGGGCAUCAUUUUUUACCUGCAAGGUUAAUUUGGAAGACAACAAAGUAAAGAUGCAGGUUUGGGAUACAGCGGGACAGGAACGUUUUAAAGCCAUGGCACCGCUGUACUAUCGCAAUGCAAAUGCCGCCCUGCUGGUGUUCGAUCUGACGCAGUACAAUUCCUUCAACGAAAUCAAAGGCUGGGUACAGGAGCUGCAGCGCAAUGUGCAGGAACCGAUGGUACUGUCGCUCGUAGGCAACAAGCUCGACCUGGAAGCGAAACGUGCCGUCUCCCGGGAAGAAGCGAUGCUGUACGCGAACUCGAUCGGAGGCAACUAUUUCGAAACAUCCGCCUUACACGAUCAGGGUAUCGAGCAAGUGUUCAUAUCGAUAGCGGUAGGAUUAAUUAAACUCUCCGGCAAAGACGUAUGCUCAUCUCUCAAGCGAUACGAAUCGAACGAUUCCCUCGUGCUGUCCGGCUAUUCGACGCGCGUAAAUGGUGUCGUACAGAUGGGCAUUCCGGUGGAAAAUGACAGUAUAUUAAGUGACGGUAUGGGUAGACUGGAGACACCUUCCUGGAGCCGGGACCAUAUAGCGCACGGUGACGAGCAGCGUGUUGGUUGGUGCUGCUAUUAGUACACGGAGGAAUGUCUCGCGAGAAAAAGGUUUCCGACAAAAGUAUUUCGGUUCGGUUUUGCAUCGGCCUUCCCUUUUCUCCCGUUUACAAACAAUACCGGAAACGAAACACAAAUGACGCGCGCCCACGGAUCCUAGGAUGGGUCGAUUUCGAGAGAUUUGUGAUAGCUUUUUAUAUUUAUAUAUAUACAUACAUAUAUACAACACACCACCCCCCACACAUUAAACACACAAUGCAUGUAUAUGCCCACACCCCCCUCCAAAAAACUCUGGGGUUUGCGCUGAUGAUGAUUAAGAUGAUUGGGUGAUUCGGAUGAUUCGACGCUUUGUAAACUGUUUUGCGAAGAAAUCGGGGAACUCUUUCCAUAUUCGCCAACACGUGAUUCGUGAUAAGAAAAUUGCUUUUGCUAAAACAAACGAUACGGUGACACGCGUUAGCGUUGGAAUGGGAGAAGUUCCGCUUAUCGAGAAGACUUUGUCACAGUUUUGUUUUUUUUUUUUUGGGCGAUGAUGGCAGGGGAUUUUUGUUUUUCUAUACAGAAAGACAUUCCCCGGCACGAACACUAGACAGAACUCGAAGCGUAUGGAUUGGUUGGUAGGGCUUCUGAAGGGCAAUAGUAAUGACGCAGAGGGCAGAGGAGUUAUAGGAAGCAUAAGGUAUGUUGUUUGCUGCAAGCUUAGCGACCACCGUGACACACACACACACACACAGAUAUGUGAAUAAGAUGAUCUCUUCCAGCAGCGUUAACAGUGCGAUAGAUGUGAUCGAUCAUCUGUUUACCGGACGAAAACGCAAUUCGAGUCAGAUUGGAAGUCAGAAAAAUGUAUACAUAUAGGGGUAGAGAAAAAACAACUCAUGAACGGAUGCAAGCACGUGCGUUCGUAUCUAUUUAUUUAGGCGAAAAGUCAAUUACUUUCGAUCAUCAUCUUCUCCCACAUAUUGUUGACCAUGUAUAUCAUGCUUUCGCAUUAUCCAGUUUUGUGGCUCGUUGAGAGAUUUACCUUCUUUUUUUUAAAUAAACUAUUUACGAAGAGCUGUACAUUAAGGUGAA